CCAUUGGACCGCGUCAGGAGGAAGCGACCCGCUCUGAGGUAGGGCUAGAAGGGUAUAAAGGGGGGAGUCCAGCAACAGUGUCUCCAAGCAGCUUCAAUAAAAGGCAAAGCGAAUCCUUGCCGGGCGGUUUGGGAAACAGGAGAAACCAAAUCAAAACACUAGCGCUGCGGCUUCUCGGAAACCGCGGGGCGCACAGUGCGCGCCGCAGGUGAGGAGCGGCGCCCGCCCGGUCCCCGGCACCUGCUCUUCAUGAGCCUCCCGAGACCUGAACGCCUGCGCUCCGCGCCGCAGCCCAGCCUCCAAAGCUCCGAUGGAGAAGAUGGCGAGAUCGACGUCCUGGGAGAGGAGGAAGAUGAAGACGAGCAGCCGGGGGAGGAAGACGAGGAGUCGGAAAGGAGCCAGAAGUGCCUAGAGCAGCAGCGUGGGCCGGGGCCGCCGGGGACGCGCACCGAGGGCGGCGGCCCAAGCGACUCCGCGGAGUUUGGCCGCGAGUUCAAGGCACCGACGAGGUCUGUGGCGGCCUCUGGAGACCCCCCGCAGCCGCCGAAGCCCCCCUACUCGUACAUCGCGCUCAUCACCAUGGCCAUCCUGCAAAGCCCGCACAAGCGCCUCACGCUCAGCGGCAUCUGCGCCUUCAUCAGCGGCCGCUUUCCCUACUACCGCCGCAAGUUCCCCGCCUGGCAGAACAGCAUCCGCCACAACCUCUCGCUCAACGACUGCUUCGUCAAGAUCCCCCGCGAGCCGGGCCACCCGGGCAAGGGCAACUACUGGAGCCUGGACCCCGCCUCCCAGGACAUGUUCGACAAUGGCAGCUUCCUCCGGCGCAGAAAGCGCUUCAAGCGCCACCAACCGGCCCCCGGAGGCCACCUGCACCACCCCUUCCCCCUGCCCGCGGCUCCCGCCACCCUACAGUGCCCCCACCCGGGCCUCGAGCUGGGACCCUCCGGCCCGCCGCAGCCCAGGCCCGGGAGCCGCUCUUGCGCUCUGGUGCACCCGCACCCCCUUCGCUACCUGCUGCUCUCCGCUCCCGCCUACCCCGAGGGGGCCAGGAAAGCUGAAGGCACGGACCUGGGGACCCCCGGCACCCGCCUGGCCCUGCAGCCCUCGCAGGGCUCCCAGCCUUGGGCGGAGGGCUCCGGCUCGGCGACGCGGCGCGGAGGUGGGUGCACCUCCUUCAGCAUCGAGAGUAUCAUGCAAGGCGCCAGCACAAGGGCGGCGCAGAGUCUGCCUCAGACGCCGUGGGGCUACUGCCACCUGCUCCAGCGCCCGUCGUGCUUGCUGCAUCCCCAGGCCGCUGCCCCCUUGCUGCACGUGUCCGCCGCCGCCGCCCGGACGAUUUUGCAGGAACAGCAGCAGCAGCAGCACUGUGCCAGUGGCUGCGCACCCGGCAAAAGCACGCUGCUGGGUCGCCACUUGUCCGCGGUGGCGGCCCUGCUGAGGUGCCCAUCGGAGGCUGAAGGCUCUAGGCUGACAGCGUUGGUCACCCCUUCGGGCGGAGAGGCGACCUCGACAGCCUUUUGAGUAGCACCCACACCCACACCUGCCAGCGGGCCGACUCCGCCCUGCGCACCUGGAGCCCGGUGGAAGGGGACUUCCCGCCCCGCCCCGCAGCGCCUACCCACUAGGCCCGCACAGAGCAGCCACCCGUUUCUGUUCGGUACAAAACAGCUACAGAGAACAGUUGUAUUCUGUUCUCGUAAACCCGGACGAGUAAAGACCUGGGCCGUCACCUUUUCUUUUCCCGCUUCCGUUGUGGCUUCCGCAGCUUUUCCGAUUUGCACAUUUCUAGAGGAAAUGUGAGUCGGUACUCCGGUGUGGUAUUCGAAGAAAAACAAGGAAAACACAAUCUCCAAUGCAAAGCAUGUUUCCCUUUUUUCACUCCUU